AUGGCGAAUCAAGGACCAAGUUCGGAGCUGCCGUCGCCAUCUUCGGGGUCGGCGGCGCAGUCAUCUUACUUCAACGGCACUACGGCUGCUCUCGAUCCUCCGAGCGCCAGUGCGGCACAGUCGUCGCAUCCAUUUCCUUCCUUAGAGCAGAAUCCUGUCAAUGAUCAACAUGAUCAGAUACUAUCUCCGACUCAAUCAAAUCUUCAUCCUCUUCCAACAAAACCAGUCAGCCAGCUUUCUUCCCAAGCCGCCACCCCAGCCUUGACUCAGUCUUCUACGCCCGCUCCUGCGCAAUCCAAACCCCGCAUAGUGGGUGGAUUUGAAGUUGAUGAUGAUCCUGAAGAUGAGGAAGGGACACAAGACGGAAAGGAUGAGGUUGAUGUCUACGAUCCAUCCGUGGGGCUAGACUUCGAUGUCUCAACACCUGCUCCUACCCUUGCAAAUCAAAACUCCAGUUCCCUUAAUAGAGCUUCCCAGUCACCAGAACAAGAAAAUGGAAUCACUCCUGUUCCUGUCCAGGCCACUGGUAGUCCUGUUGACGCUGACCUUUCUUCUUCCACUACUCUUCCUUCUGGUGCCAGCGCUGAUGUGCGUGCUGCCACUGCCACACCUUCUCACACUGCUCCUGAUCUUCCGACUCAGAUUUCUCCACCUCGCUCGCUUGUGAAUGCCUCUGUUACUCCAGGCUUACCCAAGUCUCGACUAGCUCAUGAUGUGGUUGGUAUUCUGGAAGAUCGCAUCAAGGAUGACCCCCGUGGUGACAUUGAUGCAUAUCUUGAACUAAUCGACGAACUGAAGAGUCGAAACAAGCAAGAAGAUGUCCGUCGGGUGUACGAGCAAUAUCUCAAAGUCUUUCCUCUAGCCGCCGAACAGUGGUGUGCGUACGUGAAAUGGGAAGAGGAGCACGAUAGAAUGCGGGCGAUGGAAACCCUCUUCAAUCGGUCUUUGCUGGAUGUGCUUGAUGUGCAACUCUGGUCUCUGUACAUCAAUUAUAUCCGCCGGCGGAACAGCAUGCAAACCGGCGAUAUUACUCGCUCGUACACCAUCAUCAACGAUUCUUUCACCUUCGCUCUCAAAACAAUCGGAAUGGACAAGGACUCGGGCCAAUUAUGGCAAGAUUACAUUAACUUCCUCAAGACCGGUCCCGGAAUUGUUGGAGGCAGUGGUUGGCAAGAUGGGGCAAAAGUCGACGCCUUGCGGGACGCAUACCAGAAAGCAAUUGCUGUUCCUACUGCAGCAACCAUGCCGCUGUGGAAAGAAUACGAUACGUUCGAGACAGGCUUGAACAAGAUUAACGGUCGGAAAUACCUUCAAGAGAAGUCCCCCGUAUACAUGACUGCCAGAACGGCAUAUACCCAGCUGCAGAACUUGACGAAAGGUCUAAACCGGACCUCUAGACCGCAACUGCCACCGGCACCUGGUUUCGAGGGUCAUGCCGAGUAUAUGCAUCAAGUCGCUCUGUGGAAGCAGUGGAUUGAAUGGGAGAAAGAGGAUAACCUUGUUCUCAAAGAUGAAGACCCUGCUUUGUACAAGAAUCGGAUCUUGUUUACGUACAAACAGGCUCUCAUGGCCUUGGAAUUCUGGCCGGAGAUGUGGUAUGAUGCGGUUGAAUUCUGUUUCAGCAACGGCCUGGAUACGGAUGGCACCAAGCUUCUCAACCAAGGCAUCGCAGCUAAUCCUGAGUCGCCCCUGCUGGCCUUCAAACUGGCAGACCGCAUCGAGGCGUCGACCCAGAACGACGAAAGUGCGGAUCCUGGUGCCAAAGAACGCAUGAAGAAAAUUCGGGAGCCGUAUGACAAACUUCUGGACGCACUCUAUGACCUAAUCAAGAAAGUCUCUAUCCGCGAGAAACAAGACAUUCAGAAGGUCGAACUCACCGCUGCUGGCAACGGAGAAGAUGGCGGGGGGGAAGACGACAUCAACGCCUCGAAUGUAGCGGCGAAGAAAGCUGUCAUCGACAGCCAGAUCGAGACGAUCAAGAAAAGCGCUCAAGCACAGACGGAUGUCCUCAGUCGAAUGGUGUCGCAUGUUUGGAUUGCGCUCAUGCGAGCAACCCGACGAGUGCAGGGGAAAGGACUACCUACGGAACGAGGUCCAAGCGGCUUCCGUGCGGUCUUUGGCGAGGCGCGGAAGCGAGGCAAGCUUACAAGCGACUUUUACGUCGAAUCCGCGCGGAUUGAGUGGCAAUGCUAUCGGGAUCCAACCGGUACGAAAAUCCUGGACCGCGGAAUGAAGCUGUUCCCCGAAGACGACUAUCUCCCGCUCCAGUACGUCAAGCAUCUCUUUGACAUCAACGAUGUUACAAACGCUCGGGCGGUUUUCGAAACCACGGUCAAGAGACUCCUCGCGCACGAUGACGCCGAACAUACAGCAAAGGCCAAACCGUUGUUUGCAUUUCUGCACGAUUACGAAUCCAAGUACGGUGAACUGGCUCAGGUCCAGUCUCUAGAAGAGCGGAUGAAGAAGCAUUUCCCUGACGAUCCUAUUCUCAAACUCUUCUCCAGCCGAUAUAGCACACCCACCUUUGACACCAUGAACGUGUAUCCCGUCAUCUCGCCACACCAAAUCAAACCUCUGCAAAACACAGUCAUACCCUCUAUAGAGGUACCAGAAGUCGUCAACUCACCCAUCCAGAAGGUGAUUGAUGCGAUUACAACCCACUCACCGAAGCGACCGUUUCCAGAUGAUUUCGAAGAUGCCCAGCCCCGUAAACUGGCGCGUGGCGAGUCGCCCUUGAAGGGUGCAGCGGGCCGCCGCAUGGGUCAGCAGCAGCAGCAGCAGCAGCAGCAGCAGCGCCAGGCCAUGCCAGCCCCUGGGAUACCGCAGUUCCAGGCUCCGCCACCCUUGCCCCCAAUGGUUGCUUACCUUCUGAGCAUCCUACCCAACGCGUCGACCUAUGUUGACACCAGGUUUGACGCGGUGAAAAUCAUGGAGCUCAUUCGAGAUGUUCGCCUCCCUCCACCGGCAGCGAUACCAGGCCAGCACAGUCAGACUCCGGCCCCAGCACCUCAGGCAGGCUGGCCACCGUACCCACCGCAUCCACCAGUGCCGAUACCGCCACAAGGCUUCGCGCCGCCGGCCAGCGUUACACAAGGCCCAUAUGGAGGGGGUAAGUGGCUGUUUUGA